AUGAAGAACGCAGCAUUCCUAUUUGCAACGGCCGCGGCAGGUGUUGCUGCAGUCGGCGUGGCUGACAUCCCCAACAAACAAGUCUCCACCGAGUCGCAACCAUCAGCGUCCGAUCCCGGCUUCGUAUCCUUUCCUAUAUAUCACAGACAAGUAUCGAAACCCAUCCUGAAGCGAAACACGGACGUCACCAUUUACAACAUCUCAUCCAUCAGUUAUCUUAUCCAGUUGAGCAUAGGAACCCCUGGUCAGCAGGUCAAGGUUGCCAUAGACACGGGUUCCGAUGAGCUUUGGGUCAACCCCGUUUGCUCAGCGGUCAAAAGCCAAGAUCAAAAGGCAGAAUGCGUGGCCAAUGGCCAGUACAACCCGGGACAGUCAAGCACUGCACAAGCCUCGACAACAUCAAACAACAUUCCAUAUGGCAAGGGCGACGUGAACAUUACAUACUACAAGGACUCGGUAUCCAUCCCCAAUAGCAGCAUCUCGCUCAGCAAUGUCAUAUUUGGUGUUGCCACGUCCAGCAAGGACCUGAACGAGGGAAUCAUGGGCUUGGGGUUCGGCAACGGCGUGAACCUACAGUACAACAACAUGGUGGACGACCUCUUCCUCCAGAACGUGACCAAAAGCCGGGCGUUCUCCGUGGCCCUCGGGUCGGCAGAUGCCACCAACAGCGGCGUGCUCUCGUUUGGCGGUGUCGACACCAAAAAGUUCUCGGGAAAGCUCGCGCAGAUGCCGAUACUGGGCCCACAGGGCAAGGAGGAGAUACGGAGGUACUGGGUGUCGAUGGACAGCAUCAAUUUGACAAAGAGCACCAACAACAAAACGUACAGCGGCGCCAACAUCCCCAUCGUCAUCGACUCGGGAUCCACGCUCAGCUACCUGCCGUCGACCAUCGUCACGGCCAUGGCCAUCGACUCCAACGCGCUGUGGAACGCGGAAGGAGGAGUUUACUUUAUAAAGUGCGACAAGCUGCCGGCAGAGGCCUCGUUCGACUUUAGCUUCAACAACGGCUCCUUCAAGAUCAGCAUCCCCUGGCGCAACUUCUUUUGGAACGCGGGCGGCAACACGUGCGUCCUCGGUGCCGUGCCUAUAAAAUCGGGCAGCGUCACGGCGCUGCUGGGAGACAGCUUCAUGCGCUCCGUCUACACCGUCUUUGACCAGGGCAGCAACAUGAUCUUCAUGGCGCCCUAUGCCAACUGCGGCAGCAACGAGCAGAUGAUCCCGGCGAGCCCCAAAGGUGCGGCCGCUAACUUUGUCGGCGAAUGCUCCCCGGGCCAGGGGCUUCCCAUUCCCAGCUCAUCGCAGGACAAGAGCGGUGCGGGCAAGGCGACCGGUGAACCAAGCAAGUCUGAGUUUUGGGCGUGUGCGGCGGUGCUCGUUGUGGGCCACUUGGUAUUUGGCAUGUUGUUAUGA